GUGUGUCUAUUAUCGAGGCCGAAGCCUAUCCGUUUAUCAUCACCCACCUCCGCAUGUCUUAAACAAGGAGUGACCAAGUGAGGGAAGAGAGUGUGACUCAAAAUCAAACAACAUGGCUUCUUCAAAUCCAGCAGAGAAGAUCACCAAAUGUGAGUUACCCAAUCCAUUGUCAAUUUUCCCAAUUAUCUCACCAUCUUUCAGUCCUCAACAAUUCUUCUUCAAACCCACUUCAAAUGCAGUUCUUGCAUUUUCUCCAGUUGAAAUUCUUCACAAUUUCCACAAAACAAUCGCUUCAAAUGCCGAUAAAUUCCUCCAAUUUCUUCACUUUUCUGCUUCCCAGAACCCCCUUUUCAAUAAUCUCCUCAAAUUCUCUUCCCAUCUCCAGAAUUUCUCUCAGGUUCACUGGAGAAGCCAUGGGAAUCUAAAUUCUCUGUCAAGUCACAACUUUGCCGCUGUUUUACCUGGUGACUCAGUUGCAGGAUUAGUGGUUGCAAAUGGCAUUUCGAACUUUCUGAAUAUCUACAAUACAUUGUUAGUUGUCAGGCUUGUUUUGACAUGGUUCCCAAGUGCUCCCCCCCAAAUUGUUAGUCCCCUCAGCACCCUGUGUGACCCAUACUUGAACAUAUUUCGUGGACUUAUCCCACCAAUCGGAGGAACCUUGGAUUUGUCGCCCAUAUUAGCAUUCCUUGUUCUGAAUGCCUUUACAAGUGCAGCUGCUGCACUUCCUGCUGAACUUCCACCAGCCAUGGGUUCUCAAGAAGGUUCUAACCAGCCAGGGUUAUCAGAUCUUACCGCCUCACAGAAGAAGUGGCAGAGAAGAAUUCAGAGUAAGAGUUUGAGUCCUUCUGAUCGUCCCAAUUAAUCCAUGGUACAAUUUUUCACAGCCACUUAUAUCUACUAAGAUGGUACUUAUGGCAAGCAUCUGUAGAGUUCUGCUUGAUGAGAAGCUCUUUGGUUGUAAUUUUGCGGCAUUUGGUGGAAUUUUAAAUUUAGUUUUGCGUUUUGCAAGAUUAAAUUCCGUACUAGUUUUUUCUGUAUAUUAUGCGCACUAGAUAUUUUUAUAGUCAGUAAUUUUACCUGUAAUUUCAAUUUCUCUCAAACUGUUUUUGUAACAUUCUUCUAUCAACAUAUUGACUGAGCUAGCUAUGGUAUGUGCUCUGGUAACAGUAUUAGACCUAUAUGCACUAAACAGUGGUCUGUGAAAGUGCUAGAUAGAGCAGGCAGGAAUCUGAUUCCAAUCUAAAGCCAUGAAUAUUUGAAAACUGUGUCAAA